CCAAUUGGCAUGUAUCUCUUCUCCAAAUGCAUGUCUUUAAAUUCACACCAAUCUCAACACUCUAAACCAUCCUCAAAAAUUCACAAAGCAUUAUCACCAUCUCUCUCUCUCAACCAUGUCAAGCACUAAUCAAGAUCCAAACAAGGAGAAUGAGAAAGUGAAUGAAGAUCAAUCCCAAAACAAUGAGAAUGAAACUGCGAUGAUCGUGGUCGAGGAACCACGAGCUAAUCAAAAUCAAGAGAUUGUUGUUGUUGACGAGGAAUCAAUAAAUUCCUCGAAAGAAAUUUCACCAAUUCUCCUGUUUGGAUACAUAGUUGAUCCAAGCAGGGGAAUUCAGCAAGGUUACUCAUGCAACUUUUGCAGCAGAGUUUUCCUUAACCCACAAGCAUUAGGUGGCCAUCAAAAUUGCCACAAAUGGGAGAGAAAUCUGAAAAAGAGAAUCCUUGCUAUGAACAGAGCUUGGAAAAGAAACAUUAAGAAAGGGGUUAACUUUAAUAACUCCAUUAAACAACCAUACUUUCAAAGGUAUGGUGGUGGACAUCAUCAAUAUUAUGGAUUUAACAGACUGAAUAUUCAGCAUGCUGCUGCUUCUGUUGGGUCAUCAUCAUCAAAUGCAGGGAUUUUUCAUGGUGCAGCUGCAAUGAUGCAGCAGCAUCAAAAUUUGGCAUGGUUCAAUAAUCAUCAUGGAAAUGGAAUCAAAGAGGGUGGUAAUGAAGGUGGAAAAUCAGGAAUUAACUUUGUUAAUUUUCUGUCAGUGACAGGAAGAAGACAACAAGCUACUAUUAGGACUGAGGUUGACAUUAAUUUGGUUCCAAAGGGUGGUGCUGGUAGGGAUGCUGCUGCUGAUGAAGACAAAGAGAUUUAAUAAAAAUGAUUA